UCUGAUGACUCCACAGAAACAAUCCCUGCCGACAGUGAUGGAGGUUCCUGCUGAGGUUCUACUAGAGUCAAACUCGUCCAAACAAACAAGUGCACAAACGUCACUGGAGAAACAUGAUGGAAUGGUGGUUGAACUUGACGGCCAAGACUCGGUGGUAUCUCCUGAAUCGAUUCCACCCUGCCUUCCUUCAGCAGGUUGGCUGGCAGACUUUGGCAACGUGUAUCCCAAUAAAACACCUAAUGAUGAUCAUCAGCAAGUUAAAAACCAGAGUAACUGGCCGGAAGGGCCACAGCAGACUGAGGUCAAUCAGAACGCCGAUGUUCAAUCAGUAAGUCCGAACUCUGCUCCUGAGAAGUCGCAAGAGAUGAUCGUUCAGAGAGUGAAGACGUCUGGGGUGGUAAGCUUGUCUGACGUGGAAGGCUACUCGCGUUCAUGUCCUGAUGUACGCGGCAAACACAAAGUGCGGCUCUGUAAAAACUGUUUAUCAAGACGUAAGACGGGCGUCGCAGCUGAUGAUCUAAGCCCCAAGACUUGUGGCAUGAAGCGGCACAAGGUCGCUCAUUCUCAUCUGAUGGGGGAUAAAGGCAAGUUGUGCGGCAUGUGUAGGCAUGAUCCUGGAAAGAAGGCGAGGUACAAAGCAAGCAGUUCUGGCUCUGGUUCUGGCUCUGUAAACCAGUACCGUAAAAGCCAGGAAGUCUCGGAAAAUGCCGUGUACCCAUUAGAGGCGCCAAAAAAGUGCUCAAACGGGUCGUUUAAUGCCCAAACUUCACCUUCAGCCAGGCAUGCAGAGAAAUGCCCAACGUCUCACCAGUCCAAGCUCAGAGAGCAGAAUUGCUCGUGUGAUCAUCUCAAAGUGCCUCGGACCAAUCCAGCGUGGAGCGGUGACGGAUACGGUCACUGUAGUGACGUCACUCGGGAGAGGAACGAGGAGAACUUGGCUUUUUCUGCAAAAGAUAGAUGGAGGGAUGCUGAGCAGAAACACAUACUGCAUCAACAGAGUGAUAAGUCAUGGAAGGGAGGUAUGCAAGUGUCGGAUACUGAAAGCACCAAAAGUGGAGGAAAGACGAGGACCCAUAAACAAAAACAAUGUGCACAAACACCAGAAAUUCACAGAAGAGACACAAGAUGCUAAUGUCACGAUCACACAAAAAACUAAACCAAUAAGGGCACGUUUUAAUAUCACGUUUUAAAUGUCACGUCAUGAUUUUUCUAUUUAAUUUAUAACCGAUCACAACUCACAAUUUUAUACAGUGAUUCA